CCCGGAGUGGCCAGACGGGCUGGGGGACACAGGAUGGCAGAGCUAAUAGGAGUAUCUAACGGGACAUGCGGACGGGCUGAUUUCUUCUAAUAUUUCAAGUGCUGUCUGCGUGCCGGCGUGAAGCCUCACCAUGCCGCUGGUGAAGAGAAACAUCGAGCCGCGCCACCUCUGCCGAGGGGCGCUCCCCGAGGGCAUCGGCAGCGAGCUGGAGUGUGUGAUGAACAACACGCUUUCCGCCAUCAUCCGUCAGCUCAGUAGCCUGAGCAAACAUGCGGAGGACAUAUUUGGCGAGCUGUUUAAUGAGGCCAACACCUUCUACCUGCGUGCCAACUCUCUCCAGGAUCGCAUUGACCGGCUGGCUGUCAAGGUCACACAGCUGGACUCCACUGUGGAGGAAGUUUCCUUGCAAGAUAUCAACAUGAGGAAGGCCUUCAAGAGCUCCACCACUCAGGACCAGCAGGUGGUGUCCAAGAGCAGCGUUCCCACUCCGGUCAAAGAGAUGUACAACCUGAGCGACAAGCCUCCACCUCUCAACAUACUAACACCUUACAGGGAUGACCACAAGGAGGCGCUUAAGUUCUACACAGACCCCUCCUACUUCUUUGACCUGUGGAAAGAAAAGAUGCUGCAGGACACGGAGGACAAGAGGAAAGAGAAGAGGAAGCAGAAGGAGCAGAGGCGCUGUGUGGAUGGGACACUACAGAGGGAGGUCAAGAAGGUCCGCAAAGCGAGGAACCGUCGGCAGGAGUGGAAUAUGAUGGCUUUGGAUAAGGAGCUGAGGCCAGACCAUCGACACACCAUACACCGGGACAGAGGCGCUUCCUCUGAGGGCUCGAUGUCACCAGAGAACAGGGGACACGGGCUGGAUCAGCACCACUACCCCAACAGUAUGAACCAUGCUGGUCAUGCCCACACCUACUCCGGCCCUCCACCCAGCGCCCUAGUUGCCCAGAUGGCUGCCGGACACGCACCACGCGGAGGAGGUGAACACGACAACAGAGGCAGGACCAUGAUGGCCUAUCAGGGUGGCACACUGGGCCGCUCUCACCACCACCACGUCCCAUUGCCUCCUCCACCCACUGAGGUUAUGAACGGUGGCUCUAUGUCUCUCCCACCAGUGGACUACAGUAUGGACGGCUAUGCCAACACUGGUCCUCCUCCCCCUCCUCCUGCUCCUGUCAUCCCUUCUGCUCAGACGGCCUUUGCCUCACCUCCUGGAGGUCCUAUGCCUCCCGGACCAAUGGCUGGUGCUGCCGGCUAUGCUCCGCCUCCACCACCUGUAUCUGGAGCCCAAGCUGCUCCACCUCCUCCUGGUCCUCCACCUCCUCCACUUCCAGCUGGUGCCUCCCACUCCACAACCCACAAGAUGUCCUCCGCUGCAUCCGCUGAGACCACAGCGGUCAACGACGCCCGCAGCGAUCUGCUAGCUGCGAUACGUAUGGGCAUACAGCUGAAGAAAGUACAGGAGCAGCAGGAGCAGCAGGCAAAGAGAGAGCCGGUUGGAAAUGACGUGGCCACCAUCCUGUCGCGACGCAUCGCUGUGGAAUACUCCGACUCGGAGGAUGACUCCGAGUUGGAGGAGAAUGAUUGGUCAGAUUAACACGAAGGCGUAAACACACACACCAAAAGACACGCAGUCGAUUGCUCUCACGCUCACCUGAAAAACGCCCACUUUUCCACGUUCACAGGUGGUCACAGACUUAGUUGCUGGAAACACACACAUUACACCUACACACAGUCACAUGCUGUGGGUUGAUAUAAGCUGAAUGGUCCAAGACUGGAAAUCUGGGGUUGUAUUUGGGAUGCAUAAACACUGUAAAGAGACAAGUAAUAUAAUGUAAAGCUGACCACCCUGUGAAACACUAACACUGAGAACUGAUGACUACAUUACAAGUAUUGUGAAUACACCCCAGUGGAUGUUUCUCUACCUGUUAUUACACUAUAGACACCCUGUGAAGGUGCUUAUUUUCAACACAUUCUCAUCCCUGGGCGUCAAAUAAAGGCAUCCUGUCAGAUAUCACCGUGUCACACAGAUGCACACAAAUUGGCCUUUGGCAUCCUAUCUGUGGCAAUAUCACAGGCCAAGAGAUACCGUCCUCUAUUUUGCAGCAUUUUUGCAUUUAUUAACUAUUAAUAGAAUAGAUGACAGAAAGACAGAUAGAUAAAAGAUGCUGGAGUAAGGCCUCAGCCACGGUACAUGGCACCCACGCACUCCUAACUAAAAUGUGCGCUGUACUUUCUGCAAGUCUGCUAGCGUCUGAGUGAUGUCAGUUGUCACUUUUAAAAGAAGAUCGAUGGAGACUCCCAGCUGUUAACCUCUGUUGGGGUUGUCACCGUGGAGGUGGUGCUGAGGGUAUUUAACCUACUUUUAAUCAUGCAAGUUACUUUAGACAAGGUGUGAAAAAACGUGUGGGUCAUUACCACGUGGGCUGAAGUCUGUGCCUCAGGCGGCAGAUGUCAAAGAAAUAUAACAGGAAUGUUUACCCUGCUGUCGUGUCCGUAUCUGCAGCCGAGUGUAAUGGAGGCUUAGGCGUUUUAUACUUGAGCGGGGGCAGCGCGAAAGCAGUCCGGACUGCCCGUCUGCCUGCAGAGAGUGUUUGUUGUCAGAUGGAGGCAGUGUACAGAAAUAUGUGGUACAACCGGUCUGUGGGCCACACACAUACAUAUAACUUCUAACAGACAAAGAGCUGAAGAGGAACCAAUUGUCAAAAACAAUGAGCUCCAGCAUAUGUUUUGUGCUCUUGAAGUUUUGAUCUUUAAUGUUAAUUUCAUGCUUUUCUUGUUCCCAAUGAACUCCGCUGUCACUCACCUCCCUAUUCCAGUCCACUCGUCAAACCUUUUCAUCAGCAUUUGACCUACGCAUGCGUCCAUUAUGUCGAGAUACAGGCCUUUGCAACAUGAAUCCUGCAUUUUGAGAAAUGCUGAUUACGCCGUGUGUUUAAAUGUGCUGCCAAGUGGUCUUUUAUUAGCACCAUGAGAUAGAUCCUCCGUUGCAACACAGAUGCCACCUUGUGCGUGCCUGUGAGGCCCAGCGGCUCAGACAAACAGGAGUGUUUAAUGUCCUGGGAAUGAGAACAGGUUGUUAUUUUAUGUAUAGUCAAAGCUUGAGAGUGUUAGAAUUAUUAGAAACUUUCCUCUUGAGCUAACCAAUGUACCUUUUUUAAAAACUAUUUUUACUGAAACACUUAUGCUGUAGAUCACCAAGCGAGACUUUAAUGUGUAGACAAUAACUGGAAUUUAUGGAGGAGCUGGCUGCAGAACAGAUGACCAGAACGAGCAUCUGAAAUACUUUGGGGAUGGACGGAUGGAUGAGAGACUUACUGAUGAAGAGUAUGAUACGCUAUUGAGCCGCUUGCUGUCGCUCACUGCUGUGAGGGAGGGAUAUCGGGAUUGGGGAGGG